GUCUUGUAUAUUUUCUCCUCAUUAAAUGGCUGAGGACUGCAUAAAGUCCCCCGUGACCUCGGAAAUAAUCAAGACAAAUGAAGGAAAUUCUGCAGGAAAACCGAGGUCUUCGAACAGUGGAAGAACCCCGCACUAUCUCAGGGCUCCAGGGGGUUCAUGCCAUGAGCAUUGCAAAUAUGGAGGGACGCAGACAUUCAAAACAAAGCCAAGAAAUCUGAUGCGUGGGAAGACGACCAGGAAGCUGCCCGAUGAACCGCUUUUGGCUGAGGAUGUUGUUGUGCCAGGUUCGGCACAAGAACCGACGAGUAAGCUCGAGAUUCUGUCAAAUCUGGAAAGCCAAACUCCUGAUAUAGCUAAUGUGGGCAAACAAGAAGGACCGGGCCCUGACCAUGGCGGGGUCAAGGUCAUGGCAAAAGGGAGGAAGAAAUCAGAGGUAGAGUUAAAAUCUUCCCGCAGCUCGAAAAUGCACAUCUCCGAUCUGCACAAAAUGGUGAAACCGGGCAUGGCAUCAAGUGGAACAAAACAAGUUUCUCUGGGAGCCUCAGCGAUGUUCUCCUCAGAAAUGUACUUGAGGUCGGUGAAGACGAAAAUGGAACCCUUAGGAUCCAAGCCAAUUUCUUUGCCCGAUUCAUCGGGAGAUUCAAGCCACAGAAAAAAGAGUAGCAUCACGGCAAGCCAGGACACUAGGACCUCUAAAGUAGCGGUGAAGAAUCUGUCGGAAUCGUCAACUACUUCUAAUUCCCUAGAAUUUUCAGCUCGAUCUCCAAGCAUGAGACCAAGAAAGGGCAUAGCUGGGAAAGUUAUGUCCCCACUGAAGAAUCGGAACAGAAAUCAAAAUAAUAUCAAGAAUGCUGAAGUCGUACAAAUCGCCAAAGAAAUGGCGGUCCAGGAGAAGACCCUUUAUGUCAUAAAGGAGGAGACUGAGCACGUACCUUCAGAAUUUACUUCUACCACUACCGCAUUUGCUGUGGAUGACCAAAAUGGAAGCGCUGUUAAAAUGUCUCCAGAUCAAUCCUCAUCGCUGCCCCAGCAUGUCUCUCUCCCAAAAUGUCCAUCUCCAAAAUUCCAUGAAGAAACUUUUGCUGUGGAUGACCAAAAUGGAAACACUGUUAAAAUGUCCCCAGAUCAAUCCUUGUUGCUGCCCCAGCAUCUCUCUCCCCCAAAAUGUCCCUCUCCAAAGUCCCAUGAAGAAGAUAUCCAUGAGUCUCCUGAUUAUACAGACGAUAAAGAAGAAGGCUGCUCUGAUUCUGGUCAUGGUGAAUCUAAUCAUUCGGUACAAGCAGGGACUUCACUGAGGCCAACACAAGAUAGGACAAAUUCCGAGAAAAACGAAACAUGUAAAGCUGUGAAUCUUAGCGUGAGGAACAGCAAAGUGAUUGUUGGCACUCAAGCUGAAAGCAGUAGUCUGAGGAGGCUAAACAUUAGACGAGGAAGAGCUUUUGGACAGAACCAAAGUCUGAAGGCUGAUGCCAGAAGGAGAACCUUCAAGAGAAGAGAGGAAAUUGAGGGUGGCAAGGAUACCAGCACACCAAGUUCCAUAAAAAUCACCUUGAAACAUCAAGAUGUCCAAGAGAAGGAAGAAGGCCGGAGACUGUUCAACAAUAUGAUUGAAGAGACAGCCGGUCAGCUGGUUAAGACCCGGAAGAGUAAGGUGAAGGCUUUGGUUGGCGCUUUUGAAACAGUGAUCUCCCUUCAAGAAACCAAAGACUUGGUGAAGUAGGCAAUUGGAAAGUAUGUGCAGGAAUCAUUGCACGGUUUGGCAACAAAGUAAGUCCAAUGAUAGGGAAUCAGAGACAUUAGAUUUACUUGGAUCAACAAGGAUGCUGCAAAUCAUACAAUAGAGUGCUUGGGUUGGGUUUAAGUCUUUUUUGUGUUCUUUACCGUGAUAUUUCAGUGUAAUGGAAAUGCAGUUAGUUUGACAGCCGGUACUAUAAAUGGUAACCUUGAGGUGUAAAUUCAUUUAGUUACAUUCAUUUGACUUUA